AUGCAAUCCUUCAUCUCUCCCCACUUUCCGACACACUGCGCCGCGGCCCACGUCGCGCUCUUUACCAAUGUUCGGAAUUCGGCCGCGCUGCGCUCACGCAUCGUCCGCGCCAGCCAGAUGGAUGGCCCCGAAGGCGACGCCGAGCGCGAGGCUGUCAGUUUCGCAUUCGUAGAUCCUCGUCUCAUCUGCAGUCUAUUGCACCUCCAGACGGCGAUCUACCAGGCAGUCCUUGCCCACACCCAAGGAUCACUGCGAACCAAGACUGUGCACUCGGAGAUCUAUAAAGAAGGGAGCGUCCUAUGGGCUCUGAACCCGACGAACAACAUAUCCGACGCCAUCCGACGUUACGGUAUCACCGAUGCCACCUCUUCCCUCAUUGUCGUCCGGAUAUGCUCUCCGGAGCCCGCGGAUGUGCAAGGCCUCAUGGGUGCCGUUGUGGAAGGCGAUCUUGUGCUUCUAGACAAACUUGCAGACAUCACCGACUGGUCGAGUAUCAAGAAGUACUACAAGCUCAACGGAGAACAGGCGUUCAAAUACGUGCCACAAAACUCGCCUCAAGAGCGUGAAGUCAUCUCCGAGAUCGUGACAAGUUCUGUUGCGAUGAAGAGUGUUGCGGCACAAUGA